AUGGCUCGUGGUAACGAAACUGCCUCCAAGAUCUUCUACAAGGGCAAGUCCGAAGACUUCAUCGUAUUCGUCGACGACCUUGAAAUCCUCCAGAAGUGGAAGAACGACCGCAGCAUCGCCCUUGUUGAUGUUCUGAACGGCUGGAAGAUCUUUGUCACUCACUCCCACGGAGCUCAAGGUGUCCUUGACACCGCCAGCAAGAACAUGCUGCAGAACGAGUUCGGCACAGACAACGAAGAUGUUUGCAUGGUCAAGAUCCUUGAGGGCGGCGAGUACCAGGCUUCCUCGGCCCGGGAACGUGAGGGCGGCAAGAACGACUCCAAAGGACCCAUGAUCGGCCACUAA